UACUCCUGCACCUAUUGUCUAUUGUCUAUUGAAUAAAGACCCAGCCUGCUGCCCAACCUUUCUCUUUAGCCUGGACCCUUGAGUCCUGCUCUAUUUACUAAAUAUUAAGUUACAAACCUUUAUUAUCAAAUAUAAAGUUAAUGUCUUCCUUGAAAAGGUAAAGUUCGAUGAGAAGAUCUAUUCAAAGGUUUGACGUGUUCUCGAGUGUAUUCAUGUGUGUAUUUACGUAUAUAAUGGUAUAUGGACACACAGAUCUGUUUUGUAGUCAAUGCCUACUAUGUUCUGUUGUGCUGAAGCAAAGCAAGAAUGUCAUUGUCCUAUCAGGGACACAUGACAAUAAACUCUCUUGACUUGACUCUUGACUUGAGUCGCAUGUGUAGGUUUUUUUAAUCCCCAGCAGACGGUGAUUAGGAAAGUGGCGGUGGGUUGUAUAAUAUUCAGUCCGCCCCGACCCAGGACAACGCGGCUGAGAAUUGGAGACUGACUUCCAAGCAAACGCUGUCAGCUAAAACGAAGACCAUUAGUCUGAAGAAGGGUCUCUCUCAGUCUCACCCAUUGCUUCUCCCUCCAGAGGUGCUGCCUCUGCCUGUCCCGCGGGAGUUACUCCAGCAUUUUUUGUGUGUCUUGUUCCCUCCAGCGCACCCCUCCCCUCUUCAAACUCAACACUGAGUGAGUGGGGAGUCCCAACGCAUCCAGCUCUGGGGGUGACGGGGACUCGAUAACACUGGAGGAUAUCUGGUUGGGGCUUCGAUGUCAUAACUGGGGUGCUUGAGAGAGACAGAGAGAGAGGGAGAGACAGAGAGAGAGAGAGAGAGAGAGAGAGAGAGAGAGAGAGAGAGAGAGAGAGAGAGAGAGAGAGAGAGAGAGAGACAGAGAGAGAGAGAGAGAGAGGGAGAGAGACAGAGAGAGAGAGAGACAGAGAGAGGGAGAUCUUUGGCAAGAGGCGCCGACAAGGCGGAAUCACCAGCUUGUUCUACACUCCCUGCAAAACGCUUCACCUACAAGUCGCCAUAGAGUGAAAGUCAGCUUGUGGUGUCAUGGCAGACGAAGAGGCCUACGAAGACUACUACGACAAUGGAUCCUAUCAGCACGACAGAAACAGCACCAUCGACUAUUACGACUACAACCACGUGUGCGAGAAAGACGAUGUCAGGCGAUUUGCGAUGUAUUUCCUGCCGCCGUUCUACGCAGUGACCCUGGUGGCGGGCCUGGCUGGGAACGCAGUGGUGGUGGCCAUCUACGCCAAGUACAAGAGGAUGAGAAGCAAGACGGACCUGUACAUCAUGAACCUGGCCAUCGCCGAUCUGCUGCUGUUGGUCACUCUGCCCUUCUGGGCAGCCAACGCGGUCCACGGGUGGGUGUUCGGCGAGGCCAUGUGCAAGAUCUGCUCGGCGCUGUCGGAGAUGAACUUCUGCGCCGGCAUGCUGUUCUUGGCCUGCAUCAGCGUCGACCGCUACCUGGCGGUGUCCAGGGCGGCACGCCCGCCCACGGUGGGGAGGAAGGCCGGGCUGGCCUGCCUGGGCGUGUGGCUGGUGGCUCUGGGUCUCAGCGCCCCCGAUGUGGUUUUCUCCUCGGUGGUGGAGUCCCACGGCAGGCGGCAGUGCGUGCUCCUCUUCCCGCCGCACACGGCCACGGCGGCCAAGGCCACGGUGCGGGUGUUCGACAUCCUCCUGGCCUUUGCCGUGCCGUCGCUGGUGAUGCUGUACUGCUACACCGCCGUGGCCAAGGUGGUGUACCGGGGCACGGAGCGCAAGAUGCGCCGGGCGCUGCGGGUGCUCCUGGCCGUGGUGGGCGUCUUCUUCCUGACUCAGCUGCCCUACAACGUGGUCAAGUUCUGCCGCCUGCUCGACCUGAUCCACGCCCUCAUCCGGGACUGCGGGGCCAGCAAGAUGGUGGACGUGGCCACGCAGGUGACCGAGAGCAUCGCCCUCUUCCACUGUUGCCUCAACCCAAUCCUCUACGCCUUCAUGGGGGCCUCGUUCAGAGGCCACGUCCUGAAGGCGAUCAAGAGGAGCCGCUUCUGGCACCGGGACCAGGAGGUGGCCAUCGCCAUGGAGACCUCCUUCAACCUCAGCUCGCCCGACUCCGAGCACACGAGCAGCUUCUCCAUCUAGACUCGCCGCCAGCACACGGGGUCUGGCAGAAACAUAGAAACAUAGACAAUAGGUGCAGGAGAAGACCAUUCGGCCCUUCCUGCCUGCACCGCCAUUCAAUAUGAUCAUGGCUGAUCAUCCAACUCAGUAUCUUGUACCUGCCUUCUCUCCAUACCCCCUGAUCCCUUUAGCCACAAGGGCCACAUCUAACUCCCUCUUAAAUAUAGCCAAUGAACUAGCCUCAACUACCUUCUGUGGCAGAGAAUUCCACAGAUUCACCACUCUCUGUGUGAAAAAUGUUUUCCUCAUCUCGGUCCUAAAAGAUUUUCCCCUUAUCCUUAAACUGUGACCCCUUGUUCUGGACUUCCCCAACAUCGGGAACAAUCUUCCUGCAUCUAGCCUGUCCAACCCCUUAAGAAUUUUGUAAGUUUCUAUAAGAUCCCCCCUCAAUCUUCUAAAUUCUAGGGAGUACAAGCCGAGUCUAUCCAGUCUUUCUUCAUAUGAAAGUCCUGGCAUCCCAGGACUCCUGGGCAGAGUGCAGAACGACGCACAGCCCAAGAGCAGGCCCACCAGCCCACAAUGUCUCUGCAUCUCCAUACAUCCCUACUCUUCCCCAAGUCAACCCAUGGGUCAGACCCUUGGACUGAAGAGCCUGUUUCUGUGCUGUAUCUCUAAAGACUAAAGUAAGGGGCCGGGACCAUUCUUCACACUUGCAGUUCUAUCGCAGUUCAAAUCUGUAGACCCCAAGACAAAAACAGUCAUGUUGAGGAACUCAGCUGGGAGGAGAAACUGGUUCUGGUUCAUUAUAGUCACGUGUAACGAGGUACAGGGAAAAGAUUUGUUGAGCAUACUGUCGAAACAGAUCAGAUAAUACCACUGCACAUAAAUACAAUCAGGUUAAACUCCAGUCCAAUAGGUAGAGCAAAGGGGGAGAUACAGAGUGCAGAAUAUAGUUUUCAGCGUGGUAGGGCAUCAGUUCCAGAGACAAAGUCCAAUGUCCGCAAUGGGGUAGAGGUGAAUCAGACAGUGCCCCAGCUUAUGGAAGGACCGUUCAGAAGCCUGAUAACAGAGGGGAAGAAGCUGUUCCCGAGUCUGGUGGUGCGCGCUUUCAAGCUUCUGUACCUUCUGUCCGGGGUGAGGCAAGUCUUUGAUUAUGUUGAAACAUGGAACUACAGACGCUGGUUUACCCAAAAUGAUCGUCCUGACGCAAACCGUCACCUAUCCAUGUUUUCCAGAGAUUCUGCCUGACCCGCUGAGUUACUCCAGCACUUUGUGAAACGUCACCUAUCCAUGUUCUCCACAGAUGCUGCCUGACCCGCUGAGUUACUCCAGCACUCUGUGAAAAACGUCACCUAUCCAUGUUCUCCACAGAUGCUGCCUGACCCGCUGAGUUACUCCAGCACUCUGUGAAACGUCACCUAUCCAUGUUCUCCACAGAUGCUGCCUGACCCGCUGAGUUACUCCAGCACUUUGUGAAACGUCACCUAUCCAUGUUCUCCACAGAUGCUGCCUGACCCGCUGAGUUACUCCAGCACUCUGUGAAACGUCACCUAUCCAUGUUCUCCACAGAUGCUGCCUGACCCACUGAGUUACUCCAGCACUCUGUGUCUUCCCUUUUAACAAAUACCAACCUGUGCUUUAUCCAGAAUACCCUCAUAUACUUUAUAGAAAAUAUUUAAUCAGCAGUAAUGCAAGAUUUUAUUCACAAUUUUCCAAUUGUAAUCUAGAUAUUGUGAAUUUAUGUAAAUAGAUCUCGUAUAUUGAAAUUAGCAUAACCUAUGGAUAUCUUUGUAUUUAGAGCUGUAAUCAUCACCUUCUUGAAACGUUUGCAACUAUGAAAUGAAAGAUGUCUAUGUUUGAUUUCCUAAAUUGAAAUGUAAAAGAGCGAGUCUUUUACAUUCAAAUGUCUCACGGUGUUUUGAAAGAUUGUAUUGUCUAUUGUCUAUUGAAAUAAAACACGUGAAAUACUGCCAAUUAGACGUCUUUAGAUUAACAGAACAUUCUGCAACAGUGAGAAAAACUGGUUGCUUCACAAGUAAAUAUGAUGGUGCCAAACGCCACAGGCCCUUCUAAGUCCGUUCCAUUCACCCAUGUUUGUUGCAUAUCCCUCUGAGCGUUUUAUAUCUCUAUACCUGCCCGAGUCUCUCUUGAAGUGUUAAGGUUUGUUUUACUUCAAACAGACAAAAACACAAUAAAGUUAGUAAUAAAGUUGUAAAAUCUUUAUUUUGCCCAGGCGGGUGUGGCAGUCAACUCUCACAGUAUGUAAAAUACAGACUAUACAGAGUCACUCCAUCCCCACACACAGAGGUAAUGUUCAAUCAGAUAUAUGUAUACCCCAAUAAUCAGCAAUUCAGCAAUUCUUUAUCUUGGGGACAGGAAGAAAAUCCUGUCCCAGGCGAGUGUGGCAGUCAACUCUCACAGUAUGUAAAAUACAGACUAUACAGUCACUAUCCCCACACACAGGCAAUGUUCAAUCAGAUAUAUUUAUACCCCUAAAACCAGCAAUUCAACAAUUCUUUAUCUUACAGAGCGUUGUACAGCCUCUUGUCUGUUAGGAUUGACAGGUUCUUCCGAUAGAGGAAAGGUUAGCCCACAUAUGGUUAUGCUGUUUUUUUUGCAGACUCAAGCACAGAUUUUUUUUCCCUUGUUGACACACAUUACAAUUUUGUAGAGUAAAGGGUAAGAGCCAAGUGUCUGAACAUUCUCCUGAUUAUUUAUAUCAUAGAGAAAAACACUCAUGUAUUCAUGCUGUUAUCUUGCUAGUGUUAUGGAAGAAGGGUGAAAACAUCUCUGUUAUAGCGCUGUAACUUUGCUGGUGUAGUAGGAGAGAGAGGUUAAGCAUCUAUUUUAUUGCUUCCAAAUCUACAGCUGAAUCCAUUUUGCAACUUUUGAAUCUUUAAACUUUCUCAGAAGAACAGUGGUGCAGCUGGUAGCGUUUCUGACUCACGGCACCAAGAUCAAGAUCAAGAGAGUUUAUUGUCAUGUGUCCCUGAUAGGACAAUUAAAUUCUUGCUUUGCUUCAGCACAACAGAACAUAGUAGGCAUUGACUACAAAACAGAACAGUGAGUCCAUAUUCCAUUAUAUAAAUACUAGACCAAGUGCAGACCCGUUGGGUCUGCUCCCCCAAUGGUGUGAUCCCCCAACCCAAUAUUCCACCAUGCACCCGUCUCCUCCAACGGAACUGAAGCUGUCCCCAAAUGUAAGAUUCCAGCACUCCCCUGCCUCCCUCAGCAGUGGAUUUUAAAAAAAAAUCCAAUUGCACCUGCCCUGCCUGCUGCAGCAGUGAAAAGUUCAGAGUGUUCCUGUCUUGCAACUUUGUUUCGAAGUGUGUUGGCAGCUGAUAGGAAGGAGCAGCCGUCAAUGAAUCAAAAGGCAGCCGGACGGCAGCCGGUCGGAUGGCACAAGAGUUUUAUAUAUUAAUAGAAGAUAGAUAGAUAUACACAAAUGAAUAAAUAAACUGAUAAAGUACAAAUGAACAGAUAAUGGGCUAUUAAUGUUUAGAGUUUUGUCUGAGCCAAGUUUAAUAGCCUAGUUUAAUAGGAUAGGCAAAAAUAAGCUUUGGGGCUUCAGCCUAUUCCUUUUUCGGUCAUUGAUUAUGUGAACGUUGUGUGAAAUGGAUACAGUGUUGGUUCAUAUUCACGCAGAUUGUAAAGUGUUGUUCUUUUUAAUGUAUGACCCAAAUAAACCAUUCAUUCAAUCAUGCAUUA